AUGGCUCCAAUGCCAACAGAAGCGCUGCUUUGGAAGCUGCAAGGAAAUACAUAUUGGAAGGAUGGGAAAUACCUGAAGGCUAUCGAUUGCUACGAUGAGGCUUUACGACGGGUAUCGACCGAGGAACAUGCCCUGGUACUCCUCUUAAACCGCUGCCAAGCCAGAUUGUCGUUUCAACACUACGACGCAGCACUCGAAGACGCGAAGGCUGUGCUCGAAAUCGACCCAACGAACGAGAAAGCACUCUUUAGGGCUGCUCGCGUCUCUUACGAUCUAGGAAGUUUUGCUAGAUGCUAUUCCUAUCUAGCGAAGCUGAAGAAGCACUACCCUGGAAACAAAGCUGCCGUCCAAGAGAUCAAGCGGUGUGAACUUCGAUCCCGAGAACAAGCUGGAGAGUUCGACUUCGAAUCGAUGCUAGAUGAGGCAAUAACCAAACAGGCAUCACCGCGCUUGGAUCGCGCAGCCUACAUCGGACCAAUUGAGGUCCGCAAAUGCGCCAUUGAGUCUCAUGGUCGUGGGCUUUUCGCCACGAAAGCCGUAAAGGCAGGCCAGCUGCUCCUGUGCGAAAAAGCUUAUGCCACCGCAUUUGCUCCAUAUGAUAGCAAGGCUGCGGCAGACAUUAAUCAUUCCAAAGACACUAGCUCUGACGGGUCCAAGUGGAGAUUAAAGCUCCGCACAGAGCUUGCUGCGAGUAUAUUCAUCAAGUUGAUUCGGAACACUAGUGUUGUUUCGGCAUUUGCGGACUUGUACUCGGGUCCUGACGCUGAUGAAGAGAUUGAUGAGGAAACCAACCUUCCUGUGGUUGACAGUCCUUUCAUUCAACAUCGAAUCUUCUAUAAUGCGUUCGCAUUCCCAAGCCUUACCUACGAGUUUCACUGGAAGAGCGGCCACACCCCGGAUGACCUCAAGGCCGAAGAAUCAGGCUCCAUCGGCGUUUGGAUCUUUGCUUCUCAUAUCAAUCAUAGCUGCUAUCCACUUGUACGCCGGACUUACAUUGGCGACAUGAUGAUCUUUCGAGCUCAGGCAGAUAUCCCAGCUGACACUGAGCUAAAAUUUGGCUAUAUAUCUUGCUUGGAGAGUUACAAGGCACGUCAAAAGAUGCUCAAAAAGUGGGGUUUCCGGUGUGAGUGCCAGGUGUGCUUUGCGGAGAAAGAUUAUUCCCAGAAGAUGGUCAGAAAGCGUGCCAAGAUCACCGAAGAGAUUAUUGAACGUUUCGAGAGGAGCACUGCAACUGAUCUUGGAGUGUACGCAAACCUUCUCGACGCUCUCGACUUUACUUACAUCAACCCACCAGCCAUGGAACCGCGCAAAAGCAUGGUGGGCCCCAUAAUCAACCUCAUCUCCGCCUGCCACUCCGACGGCCUCGCAACCCAAGUGAUCGAGCUGACCCUUCGAAUGUUGCAUGCCCUUGGCUUUGAGACAGAAAUCACUGCAACUUCCUUCAAGAUCACGCGUUGGGGAUUUAUGGUUGAUGAAGUGGUUGUUGCGUUGGCAGAUAUGUGCGAUGGAUAUGCGGCUAUCAACCCUACACUACAUGAAGAUGUGCUGGAGGUAGCGAAGACGGCGUACGAGAUUAUGUGUGGGGAGAGAGUUAGCUGGGACAAGACGUACGGGAGUGAUAGGCGUGGGAAACUUGGAGGCACAGCUGGAAGGAACGAGGAUAUUGUGGAUCGGGUGCAGGGGAUGAGGUUUGUUUGA